GCCAGGCCGCUUGGCCGCGCCCGCGCCCCAGUUCGAGUCACCUACUACUACUAAGGUUACCGAGGGCAGCACCACCUCUUGUCGUUUUCACCAACCGAGCGAGAGGCCUAGUGCCAUGUCCUGAUCACCCAACAGUUGCAGCACCGGUGAGCGAUGACCAUUUGCGGCAUUUGUUAAUCCGAUCCAGCACACCGUUUCUUCCAAAGCAAGAGCUUAAAGAAUUCGGUAAUGCUAUACGCGUGAGCAGACCCGACGUCGCUUUUAACAACAUGUACUGUGCGGCAAGUUUGUCAAAGAGGCGGACAAGGAGAUAGGCAUGGAAGGAAGAUGAAUCGAUGCAAUUGACCUGGGCCAGAAGAUCCAGCGACCUGCUGCGGGGUGGUUCUUCUCCAGCCACUUGCGGGUCCCUUUGUCCACUUCUACUAUGGCGCCGGUUAAUCUCCUCUGCACUCUCGUUUCUCGUCCUAGCUAGGCGAAGGCGACGGGCUUGGUGGCUCUGGCUCGCGGCGGCGUCCGAGUCCGCUGCAUCAAUGGCGGCAGUGGCGCUGUCCGUGCUCCUCCUCGUCGCCGGCGUCGUGGCGAUGCUCGUGCUGCACAUCCUCAUCGUCUUCUGGGCGCUCCGGCGGGGCAUCACGCUCCGCGCCGCGGCGUCGCGGCAGGACGACGAGGAGCGCGCGGAGGGGCUGUCGGCCGAGGAUCUUGACGGGCUGCCGUGGCACGAGCACGACCACGAGGGCAAGGCCGGCGCGGGCGGCGAGUGCGCGGUGUGCCUAGAGGCGUUCCAGCCCGGGGACCGGUGCCGGGCGCUGCCGGGGUGCGAGCACGGGUUCCACGCGCAGUGCGUGGACCCCUGGCUGCGCAAGAGCCGCGUGUGCCCCGUCUGCCGCGCCGUGGUCGCCGUCGUCGACACAGGCAGCGGCAAGGCGGCCGGCGAGGCCGCCGCCUCGUCGGAGAUCGUGGCUGAAAGACGGGGGCGCGGAUCGGUAGCUAGUGAGUUCGGCUUCCACUUUGCCGUCUGAUUCGUUCGUGUUUGUACAUAUACAUAUACAUAUAGAAAGAAGGGAAAGGUCUAUUUUUCAACCUCCAA